UUGGUCGACAGUUUGCCGCAGCGAGCGGCAGAUAGGAUUUUCCGCCCGGCCCUGCCCUGCGCGUGCGGUUCGCCUCUCUUCUCCAGGCGUCAUGGCCUCCGAGCUAGGGCUACCGCCGCCGGCGACACGCCCGCCGGCGACACCCACCACCAUUGCCUCAAUCAGCGACGACCUCCUCUGCGAGAUCUUCCUCCUCCUUCCCUCCCUACCGAGCCUCGUCCGGGCCGCCCUCGCCUGCCGCACCUUCCUCAACGCCGUCCGCUCGUCCCCCGCCUUCCGCCGCCGCUUCCGGGCGCUCCACCCGCCGCAGCUCCUUGGAUUCUUCGGAGAACCCCGCCGCGCCCCCGUACCUCCCUUCGUCCCCCUCCGCAGCCGCUCCGACCCGGACCUCGCCGCCGCCGUCCGCGGUUCCGAUUUCUUCCUCACCCGUCUCCCGGAAGACAGCGGCGACUCCACCCUCGGGUGGAAGCUACAGAGCUUCCACGGCGGCUACGUCGUCCUCGUCAAGGAUACCACCCACCAGAUCGCUGCCUACAACCCUGUCACGCAGGCACUGCAUCUGUUACCCCGGCCGCCCGAGGAGAUCCUGUUCUCCGACUCUCUUGAGGCCCACAUUGUCUUCUCCGAAGAGGACCAGCGGGUGUUCCGUAUGGUCUGUGUCCAGCACCAGAGCACGCGCCGGCGGGCGCCGGCUUGCGUAGCCGUCUUCUCAACGGCGACAAGGGAGUGGCAGGUUUUCCCAUGGGUGGAGACCUCGCCGCCGCCGCCGCCACACGACUUUAUCAAGUUUUACCCUGGCACGCAGCUGAAUGGAUUCGUUUAUUGGAAACACACGAGUCGACCCUAUGUACUUGUUCUCAACACUGCGACAGUGCAAUUCUCCAGAGUGGAUUUGCCGCCAUUCUUGGGACAGAUUAGCUCUACGCGAUUCAGACUUGGUCAGACCAAGGAUGGGAUGCUAUGUAUGGUUGCCAUAGAUCUCUCUGAUGCAGAGAGAGGAACGCUUCAUGUUUGGUUUCGGAGAGCUGAUGAUGAUGGUGUUGAGAAAUGGGUUCUGGGAGAUACUUUUCUGCUCACUACAUUUAUUGAUGCCACUAAGGAUGAUCCCACAGUGCACAUUGAGGCGGUUAUCGAUGGCUUUGUUUAUUUGUCAACUAAGUAUGAUGAGCAUACUGAAUCUCUGCUAUCCCUCUGCCUGGAAACGGCAAAGCUAAACAAGCUCUUUGGUGAUAGUACAUAUGUAAGCCCCGCACAUCCCUACAUCAUGGCGUGGCCUCCUUCUUUGGUGUGCAACAAGGAGGAUUCACAAACCAUGGUUAGUGGAGAGAGUGUUGCGGAUGCUGCUCCUGUGGGCACAAGAGAAACUUCCUCUGUUCAUGUCUCAGCGUCGGAAUCCUACAAAUUUGAUUAAUGACAAUGAAGCAAAAGUCACAUAGUGUGUUUUACUUCGCAUUCAGGAUGAUAAGAGUUCUUGCGAGCAAAAUGACUACUACUUAUGAUGCAUAGCUGGCAACCCAACCUCUUUGUCAUGCGCUUUUGUUUGAGUGCGUCGGUACUUCAGUUUUUGGAUGGUGUGAAAUGGGCAUGUGCUCGUGACAUGCUUUUUUUCUUUCUCUUUUGUGAAAUGGGACACGCUGUUUUUCCCCACUAUAAUUCUCAAUUACCUUUUGCCUGGUUUUUACAUGAAACAGGUCAUGAUGUGCAGUUAGCCUUCUGAAUCACUUGUCCUAUCAACCGAUUAUUGCGUUGGUUUCUGCAUUCCAUAUGGUUGGGCAUGACAUGUAGGGCCCGCUGUGAGUUCAUUCUUCUCUACAACAUACUUACAUUCAUAUUUGUUCAUGGGCAAGUCAUACUUGUCAGUAACAUUCAUAUUUGUUCAUGGGCAAGUCGUACUUGUCAGUAACAUUCAUAUUUGUUCAUGGGCAAGUCAUACUUGUCAGUAACAUUCAUAUUUGUUCAUGGGCUGCUUCGCUUUGAGGCCAGGUAAGGUUGCGUUUUGUCAAUAACAUUCAGGUCUCAAAGGGCCUCUUUGAUCCAAAACCAAUUCCUAGGAGGAAUUUUAUUCUACCGAUGUUUGAAGCUUAAUGUGGCGAGAGAAUUACUAGGGUGAAAUCGAACAUGCAUACUGGCGGUGGUUCCCAUGCAUACUGGCGGUGGUUCCCAUCCUGGGUGAGAUAGUGGCAACUUAUUUGGCGGUUCAAGAUGAGCUGCUCAUUUGCUUUCUUGUGAUCCUCGUUCUGUCUAGAGUACUUUCUUGGCAAACAUUUCCGUUUCUCUGCUGUUGCUAUUCUGAACUUCUGAUGCGUAUUAGAUGGAAGUUGCAGCCUAGACCUCGAACACUUUUUGAGCUCUUUCUGAGUGGUUGUCGAUCAAUGUAUGCUGUUUUUGUACCCUGUCGUAAUUAGUUUAUCUCGUAUAUUGGCUCCUAGGUUUUAAGAAGGUUCGGGACUGGGUUUCCGUUGCCCAAAGAUAAUUUGAGCUGGACUGUACUAGCUCCGGGAGCUGCG